GAGGAGAGCUGAGUCACCUUCAAUUUCAACUUGCUUCUCCCUCACAAUCACAAAAUCUACAAACUUCACGAACACACACGCAGCCAUGGCACCUCUUCUCCUCUUCCCGGUACCGUCCGUACUCUUUCCUUCACUCUCCGUGACUCGUGACUCGUAACUCGUGACUCAGUAUUUGGUGUUCGUCACUUCCCAGCUGGGUUCAUAUUCUUUGUGGGAAUUGGGAAGGAUGAGAGCGAGAGUGAUAGUUUUUCCGGUAAAAGGGAGGAACUGGUGCUUCAGCAGAUCCAUUGAGCCUUUGGUUUCAGACUCUGCAUCUGCCUCUGCCUCUCAAACUCCUUCAACUCUCAAAGACCUCUGGAAAAAGUACAAGUCCAAUGCCAAUGACAAGGCCAUUGCCAAUCCUUUAGCUGCCAACGCUGAGCUCCUCAUCGAUUUCGUCUCUACCAAGAUGAACCGAGCUUGGAUCGGUCUGGAGAAGUCGCCUCAGGGAAGUUUUAAGAACAAGCUUCAUGGAUUGGGAUUGAAGCUGUUGGCUCGUGUUAAGCCGUCUGAGAUUUUCCUGAAAUCGAUCUCUACUGAGGUCACAGGUGUUGAAGUUAAAUACCCGUCCAGCUUAAAUGCACGACUUGUGCGUAGGAGGCUACGGCAUAUUGCCAUGAGGGGAUCUGUCAUACACAAAAAGUAUUUAUAUGGUUCAGUUACGUUGCUUCCUCUGACAUCUGCAUUUACUGUUUUGCCUUUGCCUAAUAUUCCCUUCUUCUGGUGUUUAUUCCGUACUUAUUCUCAUUGGCGAGCCCUCAAGGGAAGCGAGAAACUCCUUCAGCUAGUCUCAGAUAGCUCUGUGACACCAAGUUCCACUACUGAUGGAAAUGAAAAUGAGCAUAUUGACUGUCAGCAUGGAAGCAAAGAGAUAUUCGAUUCUCCUUACGUUUUGCAGCCAUCGAAAGCGCUUGAGGAACUUCUUCGUUAUGGAGGCGAGCGUGAGGGUCUCAAAGAAUGUGCGAUAUUAGAUAUCUGCAAAACCUUCGAUUUGAACACGAAUGAUGUUUUAAAGUACAGGGGCUCGACGUAGUUACGUUGUUGCUUUUGUUUUCCAUAUGAAAUGCAACUCACAUUCUAUUGGAGAAAGUAGUUUCAUCGUUUUCUUUCAACAUUUGUUGAACAUUUGGCCCAAGUCCGAGUAAAUUUUGAAUUUUGAGGAUGGAAA